AUGCCGAGGAAGAGAAGAAUCAUUUUCUCAGAAAAUGAAGCAACACAGACACAAGAAGAUAGAUGCACAAGCAUCAUUUCUGAAACUGUCGCAGAGAAUGUUUAUCAGCGAAAGAGUGCUAGGUUCAAAGCUAUUGAGAUUGGUAACCAAAACAUUAGCAAUGAAACCACUACACAAAUAUCAAUUGGAAAAUCCAGUAAUAGAAAGCACAAAACAGAAAAAGUUAUCAUGAAUCCAAAUAAUAUUAGGAUCAAUGACCAACCUUCUCGCUCAACAGGUCUUGAAAUCAAAUAUAAAGAUUUUCAAUUCAAUUAUGAUUUUAAUAAUGACGAAAUUCAUGAUGAUAGCGAACACUCCAAUGGACAAUCUGGAGAUGAAUUAGACACCAUACAAAAUCAUAACACUGAGGAUAAUCAAAAGGAAGGCAUUGCACCAGAAUAUAUAGAUGAAGGAGAUCCUACUGAGAUAUGCAUAUUUUGUGGAGCUGAACUAUGGUUGAAUGAGCGUGUCAAAAAAGACACAUUUAGAAGAACCAUGGAAUUCUCAAUUUGUUGCCUUAAGGGCAAGGUUGUAUUACCAACCAUACAUCCACCGCCACCAAUGUUAGAGAGACUAUUCUUUGACAAGAAGUCUAUGCAUUCAAAGGAUUUCUUAGCAAAUAUAAGACAAUACAACAACAUGUUUUCAUUUACAUCUAUGGGUGGAAAGAUCAACCAUUCAAUUAACUCUGGUGGUGGUCCUUAUUCUUUUAUAUUGUCUGGAAUGAAUUACCACAUGAUUGGAAGUUUACUACCCUUGGAAGGAGCUAGACCUGUGUACUCACAACUAUACAUUUAUGAUACUGAAAAUGAAGUUACAAAUAGAAUAGCUGCAGUAAGAUGUCUUAAUGAGUUCAAUCCUUUUGUGAAGCAAUACCGAAUGGCCUCGUCACUAAUCAAAAACCAUGCCUAUAAUGAAUUGAAGUUAUGCUUGAUUGGUACAAGGCAGCAUGAUGGUCGUAACUACAAUCUUCCGUCUGCCUCUGAAGUUGCAGCAUUAGUCGUCGGCGAUAUAGACAUGUCAUUCGGUAGGAGAGAUAUUAUCAUAGAAGAAUUAUCAGGAUCUCCUCAACGUAUUAGUGAAUUGCAUGCAUCUUAUCUUCCUCUUCAAUAUCCUAUUCUAUUCCCAUUUGGUGAGGAUGGAUAUAGGGAUGAUAUUGAUCAUCGAGAGGAAACAUUGACUAGAACAAAGAAGAAAAAGAAAGUCAGCAUGCGAGAAUACUUCUCUUACAGACUUAUGUCCCAUCAAAAUGAGGUAUCAAUAUUACUUCAUGCCCGUAGAUUAUUACAGCAGUUCAUUGUAGAUGGAUAUACAAUGAUUGAAUCACAAAGACUAUUAUGGGUCAGGACUCAUCAAAAGGAGCUUAGAGUUGAUUUGUAUCAAGGGUUGUCAGAUGCAUUGAUCAAUGGAGAAAGAAAUGCAAGUGCAACUGGAAGGCGAAUUAUUUUGCCAUCUUCUUUUACAGGAGGAGCAAGAUACAUGCUUCAAAAUUAUCAAGAUGCUAUGGCUAUUUGUCGUUGGGCAGAUAUCCAGAUAUAUUUCUUACUUUCACUUGCAAUCCAGCAUGGCCAGAAAUUACUAGAGGUAUAUACUAUUGAAUUUCAGAAGAGGGGUUUACCUCAUGCCCAUAUACUUUUGUUCCUUGACAAGCAUGAUAAAAUCAAUGACUCGGAUGGUGUCGACAGGGUAAUCUUUGCAGAAAUCCCAGAUAAGCAUACCUCGCCAAAAUUGUAUGAUUUGGUCAAGAGAUUUAUGAUGCAUGGUCCAUGUGGUACAAGCAAUCCCAAGUCACCGUGCAUGAAGGAUAAGAAAUGCAGUAAAUAUUUCCCUAAAAAAUUCAACAACCAAACAGUGAUUGAUGAAGAUGGAUACCCUACAUAUAAAAGAAGAAAUGAUGGGAGAGAUAUUGAAGUAAAGGGUAUUCAUUUAGACAAUAGAUUUGUUGUCCCAUAUAACUCUGUCCUUCUUACCAUGUUUCAAGCUCAUAUCAAUGUUGAGAAAUGCAAUCAUUCCACUUCUAUCAAGUACUUAUUUAAGUACAUCAGCAAAGGAAAUGAUAGAGUGGUGGCAACAAUAUAUGACAACAGUGACGAGAUUCAGCAGUAUUAUAACUGUAGAUAUAUUUCUGCUUGUGAGGGAUCCUGGCGUAUAUUUGGAUUUGACAUCCACCACAGACAUCCUUCUGUUGAAAGACUAAGUUUUCAUUUACCAAAUCAGCAACCUAUAGUUUACUCAAAUACAGACGACGUGGCAGAGUUGUUAGAUAAGCCAAGAGUAUGUGAAUCACAAUUUUUAGCUUGGAUGGAAAUGAAUGGUAACCAAGAUCUUGCCAAAACUCUUACAUAUUCUGAAUUCCCACAUCAUUAUGUCUAUGAAAGGAAUAAAAGAGCUUGGAAAGAAAGAAAAAGAGAUUUUGCAGUAGGUAGAAUAACUCACGUGUCACCAUCAUCAGGAGAACUUUACUUCCUUAGAAUACUAUUGACAAAAGUCAAGGGCCCUACUUCAUUUGAUGAUAUUAAGACGGUUAAUGGUGUUAUAUAUCCAACCUUCAAAGAUGCUUGCUUUGCACUAGGUUUAUUGGAUGAUGAUAGGGAGUACAUCAAUGCAAUUAGGGAGGCUUCAGUUUGGGCUUCGGGAGUUAGUUGA